AUGAUGCUCGCCAGCAUGACGGCAAAGCCAGUGCCCUCUGUCGAGAUCGCGCCGUCCGUCCUCAUGCCCAUGCUCAGCUUCGGCAUCACGAUGCAGCACUCCCUCUUCCUCGCGCUUGGCGGCAGAGGGCUCGAUACGGCCUUCGACUAUGGCGACAAAUACCAGGCGGAGCUUGGCCGCGCCGUCGCCACCUCUGGGCUCCUGCGCUCGGCGGUGUUUGUGACGACCAAGGUGCCAUGCUGCGCCUCGUCGUUCGUCAAGGACGACGUCUACUCGAACCACUGCCACGCGAGAAGGAGCCCCGAGGAGACGGCAGCCGACGUGGCGCACGACCUCAGCGUGCUGGGCAUGCCGUUCGUCGACCUCCUCCUGAUGCACUGGCCGUGCGACAGCACCGCCGACACGGUUGCGACGUGGCGUGUGCUGGAGCGGCUCGCCCUCGACGGCCGCGCGCGGGCGAUCGGCGUUUCGAACUUUAACGCUUCGGCCAUCGAGAGCCUUCUGCCGCAUGUCAAGGUCCGGCCCGCCGUCAACCAGGCGUACAGCCCGCUCGGCUCGGCGGCGCCGGGCGGUGUGCCGAGGGUGCUGAGCGAUACAAACGCACACAACCGGACCGCGGCGGCGGUCGCGCUGCGGUGGCUCGUGCAGCAGGGGGUGCCCGUCGUCACGCAGAGCGACAAGAAGGAGCACAUGGUCGACGACCUCGAGGGCGUGUUCAGCUUCGAGCUCACCGACAGCGAGAUGGCGCGUCUCGCGGCGAUCCGCUGA